GUUAUUAUACAUUUGUUGAGCGAACGAGAAUUAAAUAUUAGAGCUCACUACCUUUAACGUCAGGUGUGUUUUGUGAAGUUGGAAAUCUUUCGUUUGGAGUUGAAAAGCAUUAGCCAAUUGCUAUUUACUUCCGCUAUUUUCGCAUUGCGUCAAUGUUCUCUUUAACGUGUGAAGCCACGCGGUUUCUCAUUUAGGCGUUUUAAACGGUUACUACGUGUAUAUAUUACGUAUACUUUGGGGUAAAAUGAGUUCUCAAAAAGGAAACGUUUCCCGGUCGCGAGGCCAAAAACACCAGAAUGUAACCGCCUUCAAAAAUGACAAGUACGGUGCAAGCGCACAAGUUAAGAAAGCCAAAUCAAAGAUUCACGAUAGUCUGUGCCAGCGCUGCAAAGAUGUGCUAGAGUGGAAAGUCAAAUACAAUAAAUACAAGACCCUUACACAGCCGCGAAAAUGUGUAAAGUGUCUUCAGAAAACGGUGAGGGACGCCUAUCAUAUCAUAUGCAAGCCAUGUGCGCUAAAGCUGGAGCUUUGUGCAAAAUGUGGGAAUAAGGAAGAGAUUGUCAUCCCGCUUGACAAGAAGGAAGAAGAAGAGGUAGAGGGCACCAGCCAGCCAAGUAAAGGAACGAGACAGAAAAAAAGAGAAAAGAAGGAGGAGGACGACAACGACGACAAUGAAGAUUUUGAUGAUAUGGGCUUUAGCAAUGAUGACUGUGAUAGUGAUUCAGAAGUGGAAGGAAAUUAACAUUUUAAAGUCUUCUGUAUGCAUUACCAGCAAACAGCUAAACUUAAGAACAGUGUCUCCAAGGAAGACUGGGGUUGGAUACUGGACAUGUAAUCACCUGUUCACCCGCUGUUAAUUGGGAAAGACUCCCAGGAGGUGUUUUUUUGUUUCCAUUACUGUGAUCUUGCGGGAACCGGCACAGUCAUUUGCGGAAACCCGGUCUUGUUUUUUUUAAUCACACAAACAUUUCGAUAGCAGUCAUAUUAUUUAUGAAUGGCCAUUUCACAUUGGGAAGCUGUGUGAAUUGAAUGCGUUUCAUAAGCAUUUUUGUAAAUUACAAAAAACAGAAAUAGAAAUUAAACAAUUAAUAAAUGACCUACAAGCAAAUGCUGUGCUGUCUGUUUAGAAAAAAACUGAAU